AUGCGAUCGCAACGCAGCGCCAGUAUGCCCAAGACGCAGCCAAACCUCUUUGCCUUUCCCGGCGUCGACGCCCUCGCGCCCGCCCUUCGCUCGUACAUUAUCCAGUCCCAAGCUGCGGGCAUCGCCCGUCACGACAGCUUCAAGGUUGCCGUGUCGGGCGGCUCGCUCCCCAAGACCCUCGCCACCGCCCUGCUCGCCCCCUCGUCCGGCCCGAACGACGUUGUUGAGUGGAGCAAGUGGGAAAUUUUCUUUGCUGACGAGCGCGCCGUCCCCCUCGACCACGAGGACUCCAACUAUGCCCUUCUGAAGAAGGAGCUGCUGGACAAGCUUCCCGAGGGCCAGAAGCCCGCCGUGCGCCCUAUUGACGUCACUCACCUGGAGGAUACCCAAGAGCUGGCGGAUCAGUACGAGAAGACUUUGGUGGGGAGUUUUGCGUCGCGCGACUCGGUCCGCCUGCCCAUCUUCGACCUCCUCCUGCUGGGCUGCGGACCUGACGGCCACACCUGCUCGCUGUUCCCGGGCCAUGCGCUGCUGCGCGAGAAUGAUGCGUGGGUUGCUCCCAUCGAGGACUCCCCCAAGCCGCCUGCUAGGCGCAUCACAUUGACGCUUCCCGUUGUCACACACGCCGUACGCAUCGCGUUUGUGGCUACCGGUGGAGGCAAGAAGGAGAUUAUGAAGCAGAUCUUCGAUACCUCGGAUGGUCUCCCCUGCACACUCGUCAAUGAGACCGCCGGCGACAGGGCAAGCUGGUUCGUGGACGAGCCUGCUGUGGAAGGCGUGGCCUUCCCUCGGAGGGCAUUCCUGUGA